UGAAUUUCUUAUAAACAAAAUAAAAUCUUAUUACAAAUCAUGUCUGAAGCAUCUUAAUAGGAAAAAAAAGAGGGGAAUAUCGAUUGGUCGAAAGUGGAGUUCUUUUCACCAAUGAGAGAUAAGAGAUGUGCGUGCAAUAUAUCACAUAACAGAGUGUGGUGAAUGGACUCUAGAGCUCAAAUGAUAUGGGAAACGUAAAUGUCGAUUAAAAAUCCAACUUCUUGAAUCCUGGUUUAUGCCACUUCCGUGUUUAUCUAUUGCAUUCAUUAUUUUAUAGCGUCGAAUUAAAAGAGUAUCGUUUUCAGAACGAAGAAUGACUUCAGAAAAACUACCUUCGUCUGCUAUUAAAGCAGGUCAGUGGUGGAGGAAACGUUUGAAAAGUCUAAAUUCCAACAGCUGCGAUCCCAAUCAAGAUCUUGAAGAAGACAAAUCAAAAGCAACAAAUGAUGAGACCUCCAGCAAUGCAAGCUUGCCGCUGGAUCGAAAGAGAACUGCCACCUUAACAAGGAGAAAAACAUUUCACGUGGCAGACGAUUCGAAAGGUAUUAUAUUUCAUCCUGCUAAAAUUGGUAGACCUCGCCGAUCCAUUUCUGAUGAAAGUACUGUGUCAACCUCUGUUACCUCCCUCACUACCUCCCAUCAAGAACAACAGAGGGCUUAUCAUCAGGCUCUGCACAAAUUGUCUCAUGAUGAUCGCUGGAAGAAAGAAAUAGCUCUUGGUACUCGUGUUUCACUCUACAGAUUGUACAGAGAUGUCGGGAAAGGGAAUUUUUCGAAAGUCAAGAUGGCUGUUCAUUACUUGACCAAAGAGAAAGUGGCUGUCAAAAUAAUUGAAAAAGCCAAACUACAAGCGAAGAGUAAACAGAUGUUGAGCAAAGAAAUAUCUGCCAUGGAAGCUAUUCAACAUCCCCACAUCAUUAGACUCUACGAAGUCAUAGAGACACCGUCAAAACUUUUUAUUGCUAUGGAAUUUGCUGAAGGAGGAGAAUUAUUCCAUAAGGUUUCAAAUGGGGGAAAACUUCCCGAAAGUGAAGCAAAAGUUCUGUUCUCUCAACUAACCUCUGCUGUUUUUUAUCUACACAAGAACAAUAUAAUUCACCGGGAUUUGAAGGCUGAGAAUAUUUUCAUCUGUGGAAAAAAUACCAUAAAAGUUGGAGACUUUGGCUUCAGCACUAGAGUACAGAACCCAAAGGAGCAGCUGUUGACGUUUUGUGGUUCGCCACCCUAUGUUGCACCUGAAAUUUUUCAGAACGAGAACUACGUUGGUUCCAGCGUAGAUAUCUGGUCCUUGGGUGUCCUUUUAUACUUCAUGGUUUCCGCCGCUCUGCCCUUCAAAGGAGACACAGUGUCCGUGGUAAAGCGGAAGAUAUUAGCUGGCCAUUACAGUGUUCCUAAAUUUAUCACCCAGGAAUGCACAGAUCUCAUAAAUGGAUUGCUUCAACUGGAUCCCUCGAAGCGGCUGACUUGCAACCAAAUCAAGAGCUGUCAAUGGUUGAAAGGAGCCUUUUUUCCAUCUCCCGGAAAUGGGAAAAAUUCCAUUGUUCAAAAGGAAACCAAAGAAUUUCUAAACAGUUUGGGGAUAACUGAAAAUAUUUUGCAAGAACACUUGCCAAAAGGAGCUCGCAGCAAUGUCAAUGGAACCUACCGCAUAAUCAGUCACAAGAAAGAGGCAUUGUAUUCGGCAAAUGAUGGAAAACAUCAUAAUUCCAGAAAGAUUGUGAUAAGCUGCCCAACAUUUCAAUCCAAAACAUGUGUUAUUGUUUAAUUUUGUUUCCAACUUGGUUUUGUUUUCAUAAUUAUUCAGUAUUAAAAAUAUUUGUAAUUUGAUUUUGAUUUCC